UUGCUAAUGCGAAGUGUUGGUCUUUUCUGCCCACCUUAACGACACAUCAGUCAUGUUUGCCAGGGUCACAGAGGGUGUCAACAGAAACCUUAGGGUGAUGUAAGCUUAUUUAAAACUAAUAUAGAUUGAAAAUGAGCUCCUGCAGACAGCAUGAGCUUCAUGGUGUGUUGCCAACUUGGCGAGAAAGUCGCCGAGGUGUAAACAAAUGAUUAAAAAUGUGUAAUUUGUUUUAACCUACUAAAUCUGAAAACUCGUUCCACUUUAACGAUCAUAUUGAGAUUAGAUAUCUUAUUAAAUCUUAUUAGUUUUGGAACUAAGUUUUCAUCUUUUCUUGUAAAUAUUUUUGUUAUCAGCUCUCCUGUAUUGUGCUGUGCAGUGCCUUGUUGUUUGUGCCUUUGGUUCAGUGUAAACAAAUAUAAUCUUGAGUAAAAGACUUCUGUAACACCAACAAACUGUGGCCCAUCUGCAGUGUUUCCGUUUGAAGCUGUGUGGAAGGCAGUUACCAUGACCGCAGGGCUACCGGGAGCUAGUUAACCUAGCUAACGCGAAAGAGUUCAAUUCACACUACAGUGAUACAGAGGCAGCACGGCACCAGAGGCUCAGCAGUCUCAGGACAGUGACAGCAUGUCUACAGCUGCUGUGAAGGGAAAAAAACACUGGAAAGAGGAGCUGGGUAAAUACUUGGUUCUGCAUGAUGACGAUAAAGCAGAAGACUUGGCCGAACGAGUGGUGGACAUACAGGAUCAGAACUCAGCUCCCUGUGAACAAAGACAAGACAGUCCUGAACAGAAGACAUUCCUAAAUGAACAAGAGGCUGAGAGUGAGGAAGAUCAGGACUAUGAAUUCCAGAGAAGAGAAGUAGAGAACUCUCUGGAGACCAGCAGGUCAAAGGCUAAGGAGAUGGAGAAAGUGUGUACUAGAAAGAGGGUACAUUUGAGACUGGUUGAAUAUGACUUUAGAGAAGAGAAUUACUUCUCUGAACAGUGCCUGAAGAAGUUUGAGGAGGUCUCCAUGGAUUCCAAAACACUUUUUGAAAGACAAGGCAAAGACAUACAGGAGAGAUAUUCUACAAAUGAGACAUUGAAUGAUAAAAUAAGCAGUGACAGAAGGGAACCUGCCAUGUUCCAGGAGGUCAGGCCUGAAUAUAACAGAUACCUGAAAAUCCUGUUGGUGCGGCCACCUUCAGAGUGGCACCAUCCUCUGAAAGCUAUAGACAUUCCUGAGAGACAGUCAGCAAUGGUGCAGGGCUCCGAGGGACUGCUGUCCUCCCCCCACACUGACACGCUGGUCACGGAUUGUCAACUGGAUGGUGACAGCUCCAAAUAUGAGGAGAAGCUGGAGCUGUUCUCCUCUGAAGCCCAUCAGAUACUGGACCUGGUGACAGAGUAUACGGAUCACGUUUUGUCACUGACUCGCAUCUCAAACUGGUUGGAUGAGCCACUGAAGGAUCUCAUGCAGGACAUAGAGACCAACUCUAGGAAAAUGGAAAAGGAUGAUGAGAGUCUCACGCUGCAGCUGAACGACAUGAAGGACAAAAUCGUCAAUGACAGGGGGCGAGGCACCGCCCUCAAAAGGAAGGUUCAGCUCCACGACUCGCUACAAACACAGGACCAUGAUGUGGUGUCAGACGCUCUGGGUGUGAAGAUAACUGAAGUGCAUCGCUGCUGCGUGGACUGCCGUCUGACCUACCUCAGCACCCUGGAGAAGCUGUCCAGUGUGGAAUACCGUAUAUCUCUACUCUUCCAGUUCUUAGAGAGCAUCCCUGAAGAGAACCUGGAGACACUGAGGCUGAUCAAGGACAGCGAGAGGAAGAGCAGGCUGCGUGAGGAGCAGCUGAAACUGGAGAGGGAGAGGCAGAUAGAAAUGAUGAAGAAGUGCAAGGAAAGAUCGCUGGAUGACACCAAGAAAAUAACUGGAAGAAAUCUCAGGCCCAGGUGCUUCCCCGUUGUGCACAAGAUCACAGUCCCAGAGGAGGACACCAUACCUGCCGAGGAGGAAUUCUAUGCUUACCUUUUCACCAAUGAAGACGAGUAGAAAAUAAAUCAAUACAUGCCAUGAAAAGUCAAACAUGUAGAAAUAUGUUUCCAGAAGGUAUUGCCACAAACACAACUUUUCCUCUAUAGGUUGUAUGAAAAUCCAUCUGUUAUUCAGGAAACAACGGUUGUUUUGGUUUAAAUAACGUUUGUGUGGUUUUCCAUUUUUGAAUAUGUUUGUAUACAUGAAGGAUAAAAAUAAGAAAGUUAAAUGCACUGAUUUCUCUCUGCAAUUUGCAAUACAAUGUAACACAGGGAAGAGGCACCUGCUGUUACUGUUGGAGUGCACAGAUUGAGCUGUUGGUCAGUCAAGUAGUUUGAUCAAGGUAGGGUCCUUUAAAGAAGCUGCAUUCUUAAAAAGCAUGAAGAUUCCAAAGGUUAAAAAAGACCACUAACAGUCCUGUCAAAUAAAUGAUGUCUAACACAGGCAUACUCUUUGGGGCUGACCAGGAGUUACAAUUUCUGGAUAUGACAAUAGAACUGUAUCAAUUGACUGACCAAAAUAAUGUUUAAACUAUUGUUUUUUUAGAACAUCCAUGUUUUAACCGAAUGUCCGCGGCUCCUUAUAGCAGCCUACAUGAGCCAUUCUAUGUAUUGUGUUUGCAUCCUGUAACUACCUAGUUCCCAUGAAGUGCAAUGCACAGAGCAGAUGUACUGACCUUCAAUUACUCUCUGGUGACUGGAUCAAACUAUAUAUUUAUCCCACAUCUGUUUUAAGAGUACAAAUAAACACAUGGAAACAGGACCUCCUACGCAUAUACCCAAAAUAAACACACACACAUUCAUUUUAUGAAGAGGUGCAACCGGGAGUACUUGAGUUCAUUGCCUUGCUCAAGCCAAGGACACACUGGCACCUCUCCAGGUAGUUGUCCACUCAACGUUUUAAGGUGAGUAAUGGGACUCAAACCAAUGCCCAUCCAGAGUCCAUCCCUGUCUCUUUUCCUAUGGAAUAGGUCUACGGCCUGGGGGUAUUGCCGCUAUCUCUGCUCUGGCUCCUUGUUGUUGCCAAUUCAACAAAAUAGUUAAUUUGUUGUGGACAUCUUGGGAGUCCUUCUUAUCGGGUGCGUAGGUCCCUUUGGCGCACAUUCUUUGAGCAUGGAUGACAGUUGUAGUUACAUUUAGUGCUCUGUUUGGUCUUGCUAAUGUAGAAUGUUGAUUAUACACUCUGAACUAGUUAAAACCUCUGACUACCGAAGAGAUCUUCAAAAUUUGUCGGGCAACCGCUGUGUCACCUCGUGGCUGCAGCAGAUCUCUUGUCAAUUCUCCGACCUUGACUUCAUAAUAAACCUUCAGUGUUUGCCAUCAAGUUCCAGCU